ACCUGAUUCAUAGACAAGACCACAAUCUGAUUCCAAAGAUGUGUUCUACAAACCCAGGCAACUGGGUCACAUUUGAUGAUGACCCUGCUUUUCAGUCUUCUCAAAAGUCAAAGAAUUUACCUCUGGAGAAUCAAGGCAUCUGUAGGCCCAAUGGACUUAAGCUGAACCUUUCUGGUGCUAAAGAAUUUCCCAGUGGAUCUUCCUCUGCCAACAGUACCCCCCUCUCGUCUCCCAUCAUAGACUUUUACUUUAGUCCAGGACCUCCAAGUAACUCUCCUCUUUCUACACCUACCAAGGACUUCCCAGGUUUUCCUGGUGUCCCCAAAGCAGGGACUCAUACGCUUUAUCCUAUCCCAGAAUCAUCUUCAAACAGUCCACUUACAACACCAGAAGCAGGCUCUUCCUUACUGUCUACUAAACCAUCUUGUUUAUCCCAUGCUCCCUUACCCAGUGACCACUCAUGUACAUAUCCAGCUCCCAGAGGGGGUCUUCCAGAUGAAGUUGGCCCUCCCCAGGCUGAAAGCCUAGGGUUUCAAAGUGAUGCCCCCAAGUUUCAGUAUUUUCGGGAGGACUGUGCUUUUUCAAGUCCAUUUUGGAAAGAUGAAGGCGGUGCUUCCCAGUUUGCCUUUGACCCUUCAGGAAGCAGAAAGAUGUACCCAUCAAGAGACAAAGAGGUGCCUCUCGAUCAAAAAAGCUUAAAUCAGGGUUCACUUAACUACAUCUGUGAGAAGCUUGAACAUCUCCAGUCAGCUGAGGACCAAGACUCCUAUGGAAAUUUGUCUAUGCAGUGUUUGUAUGCUGAAGACACUGCCUCUUCCUUUGUCCCCCACACGCUCUUCAGGAGUCAGCCAAAACCUGGAUGGUCUUUCAUGUUGAGAAUUCCUGAGAAGAAGAACAUGAUGUCUUCCCGUCAGUGGGGACCAAUUUUUCUGAAAGUCUUACCUGGUGGAAUUUUGCAAAUGUAUUAUGAGAAGGGGUUAGAAAAACCAUUUAAGGAGUUACAGCUCGAUCCACAUUGCAGGCUUUCUGAACCCAAAGUUGAGAACUUUAGUGUGGCAGGAAAAAUCCAUACUGUGAAGAUUGAACAUGUGUCUUACACAGAAAAAAGGAAAUACCACUCUAAGACAGAAGUAGUUCAUGAACCAGACAUCGACCAGAUGCUGAAGUUAGGGUCCACAGAGUACCACGAUUUCCUCGACUUCCUGACUACUGUGGAGGAGGAGCUGACAAAGCUGCCAGGUGUUUCAAAACCAAAAAAGAACUAUGAGGAACAAGAAAUUUCCCUGGAAAUUGUGGACAACUUCUGGGGGAAAAUCACUAAAGAAGAAGGAAAAUUGGUUGAAAGCACUGUCAUAACUCAACUCUGUUGCCUCUGCUUUGUGAAUGGGAACACAGAAUGCUUUUUGACCUUGAAUGACCUUGAGCUGCAGAAGCGAAAUGAACGCUAUUUUGAAAAAGACCCAGAAAAGAAGGGGAUUGAUAUUCUUGACCAUCAUUUUCAUAAGUGUGUGAAAGCACAAGAAUUCGAGCAGUCAAGAACCAUUAAGUUUGUACCGCUGGAUGCCUGCCGGUUUGAGCUGAUGCGUUUUAAGACUUUGUAUAACGGGGAGGAUCUUCCCUUUUCCCUCAAGUCUGUGGUAGUUGUCCAGGGGGCGUAUGUGGAGCUUCAGGCCUUUGUCAACAUGGCCCCCUAUGCCAGUUCCUUGAGGUCCUGUGACAACAUCAUGAUACACUUUCCUGUCCCAUCACAGUGGAUCAAGGCCCUCUGGACCAUGAACCUCCAGAGGCAGAAGUCCCUGAAAGCCAAAAUGAACCGCCGGGCAUGUCUGGGGAAUUUACACGAACCCGAAUCUGAACCUGUUAUACAGGUCACUGUGGGGUCAGCAAAAUAUGAGAGUGCCUACCGGGCCGUUGUAUGGAAGAUAGACCGGCUUCCUGAUAAAAAUUCAAGUCCUGAUCAUCCCCAUUGCUUGUCAUACAAACUAGAACUUGGAUCAGACCAAGAAAUUCCCUCUGAUUGGUAUCCAUUUGCUACUGUUCAGUUUGGAAUGCUGGACACCUGUGCCUCGAGGACAGAGGUCAAGUCUCUGGGGGUGGAGAGUGAUGUCCAGCCACAGAAACAUGUUCAUCAGCGAGCUUGCUACAACAUUCAGCCUAAACUCUACAGAUCUGUAAUUGAAGAUGUAAUUGAAGGAGUGCGGGAUCUAUUUGCUGAAGAAGGUAUAGAGGAACAAGUUUUAAAAGAGUUGAAGCAGCUCUGGGAAACAAAGGUUUUGCAGUCUAAAGCAACGGAAGACUUCUUCAGAAAUAACGUCCAUUCACCUGUGUUCACCCUUCAGUUGCCAAACAGCUUGCACCAAACAUUGCAGUCAUCAACAGCAUCAUUAGUUAUUCCUGCUGGUAGACCUCUUCCCAGUUUUACUACAGCAGAACUGAGCACCUCAAACUCUAGUGCAAGCUUCACUUUUCCUGGUUAUCCUAUUCAUGUACCAGCAGGUGUGACACUACAGACUGCAUCUGGUCACCUUUAUAAAGUCAAUGUACCAAUUGUGGUGACACAGACUUCUGGAAGAGCAAGUAUUCUCCAUCCAAUUCAGCAAGUAUUUCAGCAGCUUGGGCAGCCUUCACUAAUCCAGACCAGUGUUCCACGACUGAACCCAUGUUCUCUCCACGCGACUGCUGAAAAACCAAAGAGAAUAGAAACUGUGCUCCACCAACCCACAAUUCUUCAUUCUGGGACAGUGGAUAGGAAACAUUUAGAAAAUGCCACCAGUGAUAUACUUGCACCUCCUGGAAAUGAGCGUGAAAUCAUGUCUGAAGCUUUGUUGAGUCAGCCAGAAAGCUCUCAGUAUAUCCGUCUUCCGGGUGUUGUGUUUCCUCCACAGGUCUCUCAGACACACGUGCAUGGGGAGCCAGUGCUCGGUGUUGCAGGCAGCAUGACUCAGAAUCUGAAUGGUGGGCCUCUCUCCACUGGCCGACAGGGGGCCCAGCACCAGCACAUGUCUGAUAUUCAGCUUCGUGUUCUUAAAAAUAGGAUGUUUGGAUGUGGUUCUGUAAAGCAGCCAAGAAAUACAGAGGAGCCCAGCAGCCUACCUGUCUCAGAGAAGGAUUCUAAUUCUCAGAUGGAUUUAAGCAUUCAGGUAAUGGAUGAUGAUAUUAAUGAAAUAAUUCAAAUAGAUGGAACUGGUGAUACAUCUUCCAAUGAUGAAAUAGGAACUACAAGAGAUGUAGAAGAGAAUGAAUUUCUAGGGAUUAUUGAUGCAGGAGACCUAAAGGUACUUGAAGAAGAAGCUGACAGUAUAUCAAAUGAAGAUUCAACUGCCAACAGUAGUGAUAAUGAAGAUCCUCAAAUAGACGUUGUAGAAGAGGACCCUUUAAAUUCUGGAGAUGAUGUUAGUGAGCAGGAUGUGCCAGACCUGUUUGACACGGAUAAUGUAAUCGUCUGCCAGUAUGACAAGAUUCAUCGAAGCAAGAACAAAUGGAAAUUCUAUUUGAAAGAUGGUGUUAUGUGUUUUGGAGGGAGAGACUAUGUAUUUGCAAAAGCCAUUGGUGAUGCAGAGUGGUAAAACUUAAGAGUUUGAUACACCAUAAACAUCAGUGGGACUAUAUUACAUACUGUGAAACUUAUUUUAAAUAUAGUCCAGUACAGAGCUGCUCAAAUUUUUAGUUCACUGUAUGGAACUUAAUAAAACUAUAAUUCAGAUGCAGAUACAAU